AUGCCUAGUCUAGUGGUAUCUGGAAUAAUGGAAAGAAAUGGGGGCUUUGGAGAACUAGGAUGUUUCGGGGGAAGCGCUAAGGACCGAGGGCUGCUGGAAGACGAGCGCGCCCUUCAGCUGGCUCUCGAUCAACUCUGCCUCCUGGGUUUGGGGGAGCCCCCCGCCCCCACGGCGGGCGAGGACGGGGGAGGNNAGGGAGCAGGGCGCGCGGGAGCGGAAGCCGCGCCGCGUCUCCGCCCCCCGCCGCCGCCGCCCGCGCCCCCCCCGGCCGCCCAGACGGCGGCCCCCGCGGCGCAGACGCCCCAGCCCCCCACCGCCCCCAAAGGGGCUAGCGACGCCAAGCUCUGCGCUCUGUACAAAGAGGCCGAGCUGCGCCUGAAGGGCAGCAGCAACACCACGGAGUGUGUACCCGUGCCCACCUCCGAGCACGUGGCCGAGAUCGUGGGCAGGCAAGGCUGCAAGAUUAAGGCUCUGAGGGCCAAGACCAACACCUACAUCAAGACACCAGUGCGGGGCGAGGAGCCAGUGUUCAUGGUGACAGGGCGGCGGGAGGACGUGGCCACAGCCCGGCGGGAAAUCAUCUCAGCAGCGGAGCAUUUCUCCAUGAUCCGCGCCUCCCGCAACAAGUCAGGCGCCGCCUUUGGUGUGGCCCCUGCUCUGCCUGGCCAGGUGACCAUCCGUGUGCGGGUUCCCUACCGCGUGGUGGGGCUGGUGGUGGGCCCUAAAGGGGCAACCAUCAAGCGCAUCCAGCAGCAGACCAACACGUACAUUAUCACACCAAGCCGUGACCGCGACCCAGUGUUCGAGAUCACAGGUGCCCCGGGCAACGUGGAGCGUGCGCGCGAGGAGAUCGAGACGCACAUCGCAGUGCGCACAGGCAAGAUCCUCGAGUACAACAAUGAAAAUGACUUCUUGGCUGGGAGCCCCGAUGCCGCACUUGAUAGCCGCUACUCCGACGCCUGGCGGGUGCACCCUCCAGGCUGCAAGCCCCUCUCCACCUUCCGGCAGAACAGCCUGGGCUGCAUCGGCGAGUGCGGAGUGGACUCAGGCUUUGAGGCCCCACGCCUGGGCGAGCAGGGCGGGGACUUUGGCUAUGGCGGGUACCUGUUUCCGGGCUAUGGUGUGGGCAAGCAGGACGUGUACUACGGCGUGGCUGAGACUAGCCCCCCGCUGUGGGCGGGCCAGGAGAACGCCACGCCCACCUCGGUGCUCUUCUCCUCGGCCUCCUCCUCCUCCUCCUCUUCCGCUAAGGCCCGCGCUGGGCCUCCCGGCGCGCACCGCUCUCCUGCUACUUCCGCAGGGCCGGAGCUGGCAGGACUCCCAAGGCGUCCGCCGGGAGAGCCGCUCCAGGGCUUCUCUAAACUUGGAGGGGGCGGCCUGCGGAGCCCCGGCGGCGGGCGGGAUUGCAUGGUGUGCUUUGAGAGCGAAGUGACUGCCGCCCUCGUGCCCUGCGGACACAACCUGUUCUGCAUGGAGUGUGCAGUGCGCAUUUGCGAGAGGACGGACCCGGAGUGUCCCGUCUGCCACAUCACAGCCACGCAAGCCAUCCGAAUAUUCUCCUAAGCCCCCUGCCUCCUGGGCCUACUCCCCAAGGGCCCGCCCUGGACCUGUUUUCCACAAGAGCCUUUUGGAAAUCAGUGAUUUGAGGGGCAAGGUGCUUAGAGAUACUCGCUCUCUGGGGGGGAGGGAGGCUGUGGUGGCUGGAGGGUGAGCCACUUUCAGAGCCGCUGGUCACCUUUUCCUGGAAAGAUUGGGAGGGGGCCAGACUGAAAAUACUAGAGUUACAACUCUGAUACCUCAACAUACCCUUAAAUCUGGAAGCAGCUAAGAGAAACUUCUGUUUUGCCAGAGGUGGCCACUAAGGCAUUCUGACCCCCUCUGCCCACCUCCCCAACUGUGUGUCACUCUACCCCUUCCUCUGUGGAGGGGAUGGGGAAAAAGGGGAGGGAGAAUUGCCACCUGUAUCUAGAGGUGCUCUUUUGAACCCCCAAGCCCUCUGGUCCUGACCUCCUAACAUGACCCUUUGGCUACCCCACCGCCAUAUCCUGUUGGGGAAACUGUUCCUCAGUUUCUCACGGAAUAAGGGAGUUGGAGCCCUAUCAGAAGCCUGCAUAGAUCUGGGGAAUGGGGUAGAGGAGAAUCACGUCAAUGGAUAAAGGGCUCAGAAUUCAUCUGCCCCCACAAAGCUGGGCUGGAGGAAUCUGCGGAGGGGUGCUCCUCUCUGCCCCCUUCAGCAUUUCCCUUCACUCCCUUCACCCCAUCUCUCUUCCCUUUGGGAUCUUCCUUCUCCUUCGCUCUUUCCUUUCCCUCCACCUCUUUGCUUUGUUUUCCCUUGGUGGCUGUCACUCCCAACCCUGUCUUGCUCCUUCUCUUUGUCUUUCUUCCCUUCUCCCCCAUCACUCCUGCCCCUUCCAGCCCAGCUUUGGGGACCCUAUCCCCCCUGGGGACGAAUAGAGGGAAGAACAUUUUGACAGUCUCUCCCAUUCCUCUUCAGGCUUGUGGAGGCCCUCUCCCCUGCUCCUCCAAAGAAACAUCUCAAAUCUUUUAUGGAAAUUUGAGGAGGGGGACUAAUACUGGGGUACGUAAAGGGUCAAACCCCCACCUUCAUCAUCUAUGGGCAUUAUAUUUAGGGAGGAGUUCUUGGGCUGGAUUUUCUGGUUGUAGAAGAAGGGGAGCCAGGGUAGUGUGUCUGCUAUUUCAAGGAGCAGGAAAGGGCCUGAGGCAGGAGGAGAGACUCGUGGAGGGAAGCGCUGCUGCCCCAUACCCUGCAUGCCUCUCUGGACCUGACCCAAACCUUAAUUGAAUCCUUAUUAGCUUGAAUCCUUAUUAGUGUGCAAAUCAUGAAGUCUCUGUCCCACCCAUUGUGGCUGAGGACAAGCCAGGUCUUCAGAGAGGGGUCAGCCCAGGGCAAAGCAGGAUUGGGGCACAGCAGAGCCUGUUUGAGAGUCAUGUAUUGUUACAGGCCUCGCCCCCUCUUUGCUGCUUCCCUACUGCUCCCUUGGGGUUGCCACCAGCCUCCCACCCUCCUGGUUCCACCCUCCUGGUUCCGCUGGCGGGCCAGGAGGGGAUGAGGGAUGGGAGUCCUAGGGGGUCCCAGGAGAUCCUUGUAUAUAAUGGGGUGGGACUGUUCUGAGUGAUCGCUGAGCACUUAAAGCUCAGGAGUCCCAUUCUUCCUGGAUGGAGAAGUGGUGCAGGGAUGGAGGUGCAGAGGGGAUUUCCUCCUCUCCUUUCUCCUGUUGUGAAUUAACUCACCUCUCCUCAGCCUUCCCCUCCAGACCACCAGCCAGGGAGGUGAGAGGAAGGCGGUCACAGCCAAGAAAACUGGCCUGUGACUGCUUCCCUCCUUCCCGCCAAUGUGAGCCAUCCUGAGAUGUCUGUACAAUAGAAACCAAACCAAAUGGGCACCCUCGGUUGCCGGGGGCGGGUGGGGAGGGGGGUGGGAAGAAAGGAUGUCUGUCUGUCGAUCCCCCUCCCCCUCUCCACUCCUUACCCACAAAGGCAGAAGACUGUUACACUAGGGGGCUCAGCAAAUUCAAUCCCACCCCUACCAAUUGAGCCAAACCUAGAAGCAAACGCAAAACACACAUAGUGAGAGACAAAAUAGAGGAGAGAAAGAGAGCAUGAGAGGGAGUGAGACAGGCGACCAACACAGAGGAGAGAAAACAAAAAUAGCAAAAAAAA